UCGUAUUUAUUUAUUGAAUCGUGUGAAUACUUCCAGUCUUCAGUCGCUUUUUCGCUACCCGCAUUGACGAACCGGUACCAUUAUUUACCUUUUUGGACAUCUGCUUUAUCUUUGCCGUGAGUCCUAAAAGUGUGAAGGGUUUUCGUUUUAUUUACCUACAUUUAAACUUCGCGGCGUGUGUUGUGGCGAAAAAAAGCUUUAGUUCAUGUUCGGUUGCCUCGGUUAGUGUCGGUUAAGAUUGAUUGCGGAUGCUUUUCGUCUUGUAUCCUGUUGAAAUCUAAAAUGAAAUGACUUCACUAAUCCAAAAUACUGCGUUCGACACAAUUCUCAACGCAUCGUUGUUGUCUUCGUGUUUGAGUGGAUCGGUAAAGCAGAUCGCGACUAGUCGAAACAAAAAGCGCUUGCGCAUUCGUUUCGGUAAAAACCGAAAUCACGCUGAUCGUAGUGAGUUGCUGGGGCAUCUCGAUGCCUGCUAUGAGGAGCUGUCAGUAGCGAUAAUGGCAGAACUGGAAGAACGAGAACGCAAAAACAGGGAACUCCGUGAGCAGGUUCAUGUAUUAUUAGACAAUGCGAGCGGACUGUUGGCCUUGUUUGAGGGGCCAGCACCCAUGAAGAACUUAUUCAAUAAGCAAUAUCAAAAAUUUGAAUCCAUUGUUAGCGACCGCAGCGUAAGAAUCAAAUCUGAUAACCUGCAAAAAUUGAUCGAACACACACAAAACCUGAUCACUAAGAUAGAGAGCAAUUCCACCGCAAAAGUGGAAACCCCUGUUCAGAGUACUCCACAGCCGCAAGUCACGGAGGAACCUGAACCACCGAAAGUGGUAUCUGCUGCGGUGAGCUCGUCCACCGCGUUACCAUCGGUUGCUACUGCUGUUGAAGAGAUCCAGAAUGCGCCAAUUGUCGUUCCUACCCCAGAGCCAUCUCCACGAGUUGCCGAGAAACCUUGUGCGGAGGUGUCCCCUGUGGAAGUUACACCUCCAGCAACGUCACCACCGGUUGCCACUGUGAGCAAUGCAACCCAACAAAAAGCUCCAGAAAAGAGUGUGGUCGCAGAGGUUGUCCGUGUGAUGAAGGCCCAGAUCCCAUGGAGAACUCCUACUCGCCUGGAACCAUUGGUUAGGGAGUUCGUGAAAGAAAAACCAAAAGGAAAAGACAGAAAGCCGGAUGAGAAGAAGCAAUCCGGACAUUUCGUAAAGCCUAUUGAAAACAUUAAGGAACCUGAAAGGUUAGCUUUGAAAUACAAGAUAAAAAAGCGCCCGGCCGAAGAAUCGCUCAAUAGUGAUAUAGAGUUUAAGAGGCCAACACUUCCAGCUAGACAUGAGCCACAGAAACCGCUAUUCCAAAGACGCCAUCAGCUACCACCGGUUGGUGGUGCAAAAUUCAACGCCAGGGAUCCAAGAACGUACGGUGAAUAUUGCGCAAAACGCCGAAAUCAACAGAGAUUUGAGAGUCAAAAUGGCCAUUAUUCGAAACAUCGAACAUACACGCCUCCUCAGGUUGAGAUCGCCCAAACGGCAGCCGCCCAUCGGUUUGUAGCUCCUGCACCAGUACUUCAUUCAAACCCACUGCUGCCUCGACCUGUUCACAAGCCAGCGCCACCUGCUGCUCGCCAGUUUGCGGCUCCGGCCCCUCUGGCUUCUUCGAAACAUCAAGCUCCUCCGAAAGCAUCCGUACAACCCACUAGCAGACCUUCCGCGCCGGUCGCUCCGGUAACAGCUCCUUCCAAAGCAAAUGCGAAAAAGGUUGAACCCAGAAUCGAUUCACGGAAAACAAAUCCCGUUUUCUCCAAGGACGAACCUAUUCCUCUUGGCAAAAAGGAAGCCCCUAAGAAGCCAAACUUGACGAAAUCCGCCACUCCGGUUGUACCUGAUCCACCUCAGGAAGAACCCAAGAAGAACGAACAACUCGCAAAGGCCGUUGACGAACCUACGAAAGAAGUCGAAAAAGUGGACGAUUCGAAGCAGGAUGGCAUUCAGAAGAAUUUGAUGGACCUGCUGAAGGAGAUUGGUGAUGAGGAUAAGGUCAAGCAAAUCCUAGAGGUGAUGAACAAGAAGUCUGAUGACGAAUCGGAAGAUAAAAACAAGAAGUUGGAAAAUAACACCCAAGAAACCUCAAACCAGGAAGACGAAGAAGCUAAGACUAGUCUCGGUAAGAAAGAAGAACCAGCUACUAAAGGAAAGAAAGGACGAAAGUUCAAACGAAUUAUAUCCAAACCGGGAAUUGACUCGUCUUCGGAAGACGAAUCCAGCAAGAAAGAGGAAAACAAAAAGGAAAAACCGAAGAAACGGGUUACUGGCGGUAGCCGAGAAGUCAGCGCACUCAUCGAGAACGUCGUCGACUGGAUAUCGAAAGGCGGCGAAGCGCAGUACACCCGCCGAAGGGGUGCCAUCAUUCAACCUACUGGGCUUGUUCCGGAUAGUCCACCGGCCAAGCAAACCAAGGGACGUAAAUCUAAUGAAGAGGUACGAUCUGGUACGUCGGCAGAUGAGGAAGACAAUGAAAGUACUAAUGAUACCCAUACUGAACAACCAAUGGAGGACGAUGAUUCCUUGUUGACAGUUACGAGGUCCCCACCAGCAGCAUCAAAGGGCAAGCGAACGAGCAAAGAAGGCAGCUUCGUAUACAAUGACAAGAAUGCCGUUCACUAUAACAGCAACUACUCGAGCAAUUGUGCCAUCUGUUCCUUCAACGGUUCUGCCAUCGUGGACCAUUACGUGUACGAGCACAAGCAGUACGAAGUGUUCGUAAGCCGUGUUUCGCCCAAGAUGGCAGACAUUAUUCGGGCGGAUCUGUUCCUUACCAAUGGCUCGGUCAUCAACGAAGGUAGUGAGGACGAAAAGGUGCGGUUCAAAUGCUACUUCUGCCUCACAUUGAAGGAGCUAAGUCGGGCCGGUUGGAUCGCGCACAUGGCCGCCCAUACAGGCGAAUACCGUUAUCGUUGCACAAGUUGUCCUGUAAUGUCUAAGACCGAAGAGCUGGAAAGCAGUUUCUACCACGAAAAAACCUGUUUGAAGCCAACUUUGGCUUUGUACAACAAUAUCGAGUUUCAGGACAAUCACAUCUAUGGGUUCAUCUGCAACGCUUGUAACUACAUUCAGAUUCGACGCGUCAACAUGGAACGUCAUUUAAAGCGAGAGCAUCCCUCCUCAGAUGUAACUUGCAGUCGUUUCAGCAUCGUCAACUACAAAAUUGACGCCAAACCGGUAAUCGAUGAGGAUCAGUUGAUGGCAGAUCUCACUCCUCCGCCGACGGUUCUUAUUCCCUUCAAUGCAAAGGCCGAACCUCUGGAACCAUGCGAAAUUGUGAAUCAACCUUUUACGGAAGACGAGGAAAUGGGUGAAGCCGAAUGCCUUCCUCCACCGUCUGCUCCAAAACGACGAACUGAUAUUCGAUUGGAAUCGAUUCACAUCGGGUCGUCCGGGAUUCCGAGCGAUUUCAUUCACAAACCGUUCUCGUUCAAAAUGGAACAAGAGCUGCAGGGUAUGCAGAUCUCAUCGAGCGCUACGGAGUCCCCAAUGUCGCCCGAACCGGCAGCUGAUUUGAACGAAUCGGCGAUGUCGUCAUCGGAAGCAGAAGCUGUGGUGCCUAUCAUACAAAUAGAAUCGGUUCAGAGCGGAUUUGACUUGGGCGGAGUUCUCUUCAAGCACGAAAAGGAUACCGAAUACGAUUCAGAUGCAAGCGAUAAGACAACGGAUUUCAACAUGUCUGAUGCUACAGAGGGACAAAAUGGAGAAAGUUCCAGCGAAGGUGGCCAAAAGAGUGGUGACAAUGGAGGUAAUCAGCAAGAUGGAAAUUCAGGGUCGGCGUCUUCCAGUGGAACUGGAGCUGGAGCAUCUUCUUCGGGAAGUGGAUCAAGUGGCGGCGGAGCAGCCGGUGAUGGUGGUGGUGACGGAGGAGAUGGUCGUAAACCCAAUGAGUUUCCUCUUCCGUUCACUAUCAAGGUCGAGAAAGAUGAAAAGGAAAAAGAAAAGGAGAAGAAAGCAGAAACCAAUCCGGAAAAUGUUGUCAUUAAAACUGAAAAACCAGAUGACGAUACGCCAACCGAACCACCCAUGGCGGAAGGAAACUACGAUUUUGUCGAACUUGUUCUGGACAGCACCCGUAUAGAGCAUGUUGCUUUCGUAGAGCAUCAAUCGGAAUUGUUGUACCUGUGUCUAAUACCCGGAUGUCAAUAUAUAUCGAAAAAGUCCCAAGAUUUUACCACCCAUGUCAGUCGGAAACAUGGUACUACCAUUUGGGAUGGGUAUUGCCACCCUUGUCAAUCGCAAAUCGUUAUCGUAGAAAAUUGUACGAUCUCCAAUGAACUGCAACAUCUUCUGGACGUGCACUCAAGAAGGAAAACGCCAACCGUGGAAGCCCCAGCGGCGAGUACACCGAAUAUGCUUCGUAUUCGACGUAUUCCAGGCGAUACGCUCUCAAAAGACUCGAAUCCUCCUCCGCUAACGCCGAUUAUGCCAACAGGAACUAUUAUUUCCGGGGCACCCGGGAUGCCAUUGGGAUCGAACCCCAUCAUCAUUACCUCUGCGGCUACCAUAUCUCCUGUCAUGCCGACUAUCGCUGGUGGCACUCUCAUUACUCCAACGCACACAAUCCCAGCACAAAUUCGACCGGUCUUGCAACAGCCUGCUUCAGCGACAGUAAUAUCCCCUCACAUUCAGCCCCCGGCACUUGCCCCCGUUUCAAUUAGCACCAGCACAAACUCAGCGGUCUCCGGUAUGGCCAAUUUGCAUAUUAACGCGAUACGGCUGAAACCGUGGACCAACAUGGUCACGACGAAAAACAGAGAACACUGCCGCAACAUGCUCGAGGACGACGCUCUGCUGUGUUUGUAUAAGUGUAUGUCCCGGUCCUGUGCGUUCACCACCAACAAUCGGUUCUUCAUGGAACAGCAUCUGCAGUUGCACGAAAACCUCCACAACAUCCACGCCGGCAGCCGGAAGUGUUGGCUCGAGUGCGCUUAUUGUGAUAUCAUCGCCACGAACAACAACGUCCUGCUGGCGCACAUCGAUGCCGAACAUGCCACCUGUGGGUUCCAGUGCAACCUGUGCUUCUAUCGGAGCCGGGACCCGACCAACGUUGUCGUCCACCAGAAAACCUACCACCCAAUCGGGGACGUCCCAAAGCGGAUACUCAUCAUGCCGGACCACUUGAAGAGCUUCGGUGACGACGAGUGGAAGUCGAUGCAGGAAUCACUCCGGCGGAAUGUGCUACCCCUCCACUGCACUAUAUGCAAGGAAUCGUUCUACAUCCUGUCGGCGUAUAUGACCCAUCUGAUGGGACACGGUGAAGUGAUGAUCCACUGUCAGGUGUGCAACAUGACCGUCGAAAAGAAGAGCAUGGCCCGGCAUUUGCUGCUACACUCGAUCGGGCUGUACGAAUGCGUCUACUGCUUGUUCGGCGCGAAUACGAAGUCUACGAUGGCUCUGCAUGUCAGCAACGCCCACAGCUCCAAGCCACUGUACUGCUGCGUGCGGUACAAUAAGAAGCGAGCAGAUGGAGUCGAUUACCCUCCUAAUAAGAUAGAGUCGAUGGAAUUGAAAACCAUGAGCUGCACGGUAUCGCCGGAUUUGUUCAAGAGGUGUAACUACACUCCUGAACAGUUGAACUACAAACCAAUCAGUAUUCAGAUCAACCAAACUAUGGAGUAUACACGGAACGAGCAGCCUGUGACCAAGAUUCUGUCGAAUGCUAUUGCUACGCCUGCUCCUGCCCCGCCGGGAACAUCCACAGCAGGAGCACCACAAGGACCUGCAUCGAACAUACAGAUUCAAAUUACGGACGAGGCGGGCCGUCCGUUGAUUAUAUCGAUUCCAGUUCAAAAUGCAAAACCAGCGCCUGCUCCUGCACCGACAGCAGCCACAGCUCCUGCAUCAACCUCAGCGCCAGUCCGUAUUGCGCCGAAACCUCAACAAAUGACUGUUUCACAAAGCACCAAUAUUACCGGACCGAAAUCGAUAUCUGCAGCUCCUCCCAUACAGAUGCCGAUGAUAAGUUCUGUGCAAGGUGGAGUCCAGAACUUCAUGCCUCAAAAUCCAGGCCCACUUCCUGUUAUCAGCAGUGUUCAAGGUAUGGCGCCUAUGCCACCUUUAACGGCUAUCCAACGCAACGAUGGUUUGCCGGUAAUAAGCUGCGUCCAAAGUGUUGCUCAACUCCCGCCAGAACUGCCUACGGUGCCGCCCGCCACCACGAUCGUGCCAAAGCCGACCUCAAUAAUGGCCAUAACCUCCACCAGUGGAAUGAUCACCAUUCCGAACAUUCCCGGUAUAACUAUCACUGCUAAAAUGGUUACACCUCCCGUAAAAAGCACUACCCCGAUAAUCACAAAUGUACAGUCGAUUCCGGCAACAGCGUUACCCGUACUUACCCCACGUCCAACCCCUAAGCCAGCCGCCCAGGUAGCACCUUCACCGAUUGCUCAACUGCAAGAGAUGGUUAGCAGUUCCACCACGUCGACAAAUACAGCCGCACCAAUUGAGCCCAAAAACGACAUGUACUCUACUACGGUUGCCGAAGCAGACACGCAGUCGAACAGCAGCAAUGGCGUAAGCGUAGAACUGGAGGCCGACGACUCGCAAUCACAAUCGGCACGUAGCAAAUCCACCACUCCCGUUCCGUCGUCAUCGGUCCAGACGAGUGUUCCGCUUCCACAUGAACCGACGCCGAUGUCGAAGAAGUUUGCCAGUACAACGCAGAUUAGAAUCGAUUUCCUGUUCAAAGGAAGUAUCGACAAGUUCGAUCGAUUGGAACGGAAGGUUAGCCAGAUGAUUGAAAGCACCGGAUUCUAUGGGACGGCGCUGAAUAUCUGUGGGGUGGAGGACUGUCAGAGCCGGUUUAGCGACCCGGUUAAGUUGAAUCUGCACCUGUUGAAGUUUCACAAUCUCUCAUAUUACAACUGCCAUCACUGCACGGGCAGAUACAAGACGGCUCACGAACUGAUCACACACGUGAAAACCCAUGGGCGGCAUCGGUAUUUGUGUUUCCUGUGCGAUAAGAAAAGUCACUUUCUGAAGAUGAUGAUUCUGCAUGUGCAGCACGAUCACAAUAGUACGGACGUGAUCUUGACCUAUCUACACCCUAAGAAGCGAGAUAUCCACAACGAUCUGGUGGUUAUUUGUCCGCAGAAUGUGACAAGUGGGCAGCUGCAGGAUUAUGUCAGCAACAUUUUGAAGGAGGACGGAGUGAGUGAGAAAAAGAGAUUCUCUCCGAGUGAAGUUGAUCAACUUCCGGUGGAGGAAAUCUUUGCCGAGGAUAUGUUCUGUGCAAGCUGUGACUACACAACGAAGAUCAGGAAGAAUCUGAAGCGUCAUCUGGAGAAGCACAACGAGGUAUCGUCUACUGCGAGUUUAGCGGUACUUCCGGAGCUAGAAUCCUUAUCAGUUGAAGUAGUUGAAACACCGAAAUUUAUCUUCGCAAGCAGGGAAGUGGCCACGGGUCAUACCAUUCCUCAACGGGUUGACCCGAUAAAGCUGUAUCAGUGUGGGCUGUGCAAGUUUGAAUGCCCACCCGUAUUCUCUGAUCUACGGACCCAUCUGUAUCGGACGCAUCGUAGCGAAAAAAUCUACAAAUGCGCACACUGCAGUGCCACUCUCAGCGAACGUUUCAUGUGCAUUGACAAAAUUGCAAACCAUUUGAAGCUGCAUGGUGACAAUCUCUACAAAUGUAAUCGAUCCGACUGUGAAUAUUUUCGUGAGGAGAAGACGCUUGUUUUGGCUCACAUCAAGCAGAACCAUGGUAACGUGGGAUCCGUAUUGAUACUAAGAGAAGCGGUAGUACCUGAUUCCCCGGAAUGGCAAUGUGACCUCUGUGAAACGAUUCGCCCAAACAGAGCAGCGAUUAUUGAACACAUGGUGAAGGAUCACAAACUGACCGACAAGCAGUUCAAAUGUUCUCACUGUUCCUACAAAUCAUCCGACAACGAUUCCUUCAAGGCACAUUUUGCGAAUACUCAUCCGAAAAGCGAAAUCCUUAUUAUAUCGUUGUUCCACGAGAUGCCACCCAAAGUGGUUGAAGUAAAUAUGGCGAAAGAAAGCAGCCAAAGAAAGGAAUCCAGUGGUAAUGAAAAGGGUAAACGAUUCAGCUGUGGCAUCGAGUCAUGUUCGUUUUCAUCGGCUAAAGAAGACGACACUCAGGAACAUUUCUUCAAACAGCAUCCGGAACAAACUCUGGUCGUGUUUGAUGAUUCAGCUAUCGAAAAGGAAAAGCGGAAGCGAUUUGAUUACUUUGUUAAGUAUGUCUGUAAUUACUGUCAAAUGCAGUGCGAUUUGAUUGACGAUAUUGUGCAGCACUGGAGUCAGAUUCACAAAGAAAAAGCCAAUACGAAGCCCCUCAUGUACAAAUUGUUCAAACUAGUUCGCUGCUUCUAUUGUGACAUGCUUUCGACUUAUUCUGACAUUAAAGCGCAUUGCACAACCCACCAUGUUGGUCAGAUCUUCGUUUGUGUCGACCAUCAGAAUGCUUUUAAAUGUGGCGAGUGUCCUUACGUCGUUACAGGAGAAAAAGUCGAUCUGCUGAAACAUUUCAAAAUGUAUCACAGCGCAAGCAAAAACGAGGAUCCUUGCGAUUACAUGGACGACGAGUUUCUGCACAGAAUGCUGGAGCAGAAUAAUACUCUCUACACGUGCAAUCACUGCAAGAUUACCUUCGAAAGUCGUUACGAGUACGAAAAUCAUUUAGAUGUCUGCACCUAUGCUGGAGAACCGAGCAGCUUCACACCGGCCUCAAAAUCGGUCCGAAUUCGCUACAUUUGCAGCUGCUGUUCGGAAAUGUUCAGCAACGAAUACAACAUUGCGAAACAUAUGAGAACUCACAUCGCCCAAUACAAUUGUCGUUACUGCAAGCGGGAAUUCAAGCACUUGGAGCAGCUCAACGAACACCAAAUUCACCUUCACAACGCUCGUGAUGACGACUUUUCGCUGAAAGAUCUCAGCCAAUUUAGAAGCCAGUUCCUCAAAAUCAAAAUGCUGUUUCCGAAUGGUUUGGUCCUCAGUAAAGUGGAUGCCUACAAAACCGUGUGUGGGUCCGUCGAGGACAUCAUCAACUAUGCUCGCGUUGUAAACGACGAGGAACUGUCCCAGCUCAUGUUCAAACGAGCCAUUGAAAUGCCUUUAAUCUACCAGGAUGGCGAAUCCGGGCCAACCAUCUAUACUAUUUGCAAAGACUUUAUAGCAUCACGCCCCACUAUGGUUCUGGAGCUGCAACAGCUGUCCGAGUUGCAAUUAGAGGAAAUCCGCGAACAGGCCUAUCUCAUAGCCAAAGCCACCGCAGGGAACAACAGCGCCAGUAGCAGCCAAAGCGGUAGCGGUUCUAGCCGGAAACGAGGCAGACCGCGCAAGAAGCUAACCGUUUCUCCGACCCUCUCCGAUGAAGAUGACGACGACGACGACGAUGACUGGAGACCAGAUCGGAAGAGGCCAGCUUCGAAAGUGAACGCACCAGCGAAACCUUCGGUUAAAAAGGAUUCCCGCGUACCAACAGACUUUUCCGAAUCGGAUGAUGAGCUGUUAAUCACUUUCAAGAAAGAGACGGUCUAGAUUGAUGUAAUUUAUUUUUUUGUUCCGACGAAAUAAUCAGUAAGUGUUUUAUGUAUAGAUUAUUAUACCUACCAGAUCAAGACAUCACUAUUGAAAACGCAGUUCAAUCAGAAACCAGAAUUAAAUAAGUAUUAAACAA